UGUCUUGCGCCUACGUCUACGGUCUCUCACUCAUCUCUCGACCGUUCUACACCAUCGCCUCAAUUGUCACGGGAGAACAUAACGUAUAGUCGGACCGUUCCUGGUCGUUCAUCGCUGAGUCUACUGAAGUCGUAGCAAUGGCUGGAGACCCGAUAGACAUCGUCGAUAUAGAAGAGGCUGAGCUUAAAGGCGAGAAUGGCGAGAUGUAUCUGUUUCAAUGGCUGUCGGCGGCAGAGAAGGGUAUUUCUGGGGCAUCUAUGGAUCAUCUGAAAGCGAAACAAUCUGACCUCGAAUCGACUCUCGUCAAAGUUGUGCUCGCCCAGGAUCCAUAUCCCAUGCCAGGCCGCGUCCUGCGUAACAGUGUCGCGCGGUGUCUCGUUGCCCUAUAUACGCGGGGCGAGACGCGCACACUGUUUGAUACGCUCCAAGCCUUCAUGAAAGUCAUCAUUGAUUUCAAGACACCCGAUCGCGAUUCGCACAAGAUUGCCGCCUUCUCUGUCAUAGGGGAUAUUAUGGAGACAUUUGGAUCCCAGGUUUUAUGUCUUUCAUGGCGGAGAUAACCACUGUGUCUGUGCGAACUGUGCGAUCAUCAAGUACUCCCUUGCUGCGGUCGCACGCACUGGUAGCUCUUCGCAAAUCGCUUUCGACUGCUGCUAGAGCUGUGACCGACACUUUGUUCAAAGAUGUCUCAAAACAAAUGCGCUCAGCUCUCACUGACAAAUGUCUCCCCGUGCAACGCGGUGCUGCGGAAGUCAUCGUUGCCUUGUAUUCUGGUCCCGAUGCUCAUCCCCCUCCGUCUGCUGUUGAUGUGAGAAUAUCAUUUCCCAAUGCGUCAAGUCUUUGGAGACAGCAGAUCAGAUCACUCGCAGUGCAUUGGCUCAAUUGGUUGGCCAUGUUCUGGCGUUGACCCAAGUUCCCCGUGCUGUCGUCGUCCCAGAGCCAAAAGCAGCCAAGAAAGAUAAGAAACAGGGCGAUCCCGACGAUGAAGACGACAAUGCAGUUUCGGCGCAUGUGACCACCGAAACAAAACCCACACUGUCCCCAACCGAGAUGCUCCACUGUCUCUCUUCACAUUUCAACCGUCUGGGAUUAUCUCGGAAAACUCGAAUUGGCUUGUUUGACUAUUACGCGGCUCUGAUAACCAAGCUAGGCAGCAGCUUCGUCGAGUCCCAGUACGGGCUCAUCAUCACACACCUCACGAACGAGAUCAUCAUUGGCCCUCCUGGUCGGCUAGCAAGAACGAGAUACGAGCAUCUUCUUUUCCGUUCACUCGUCGGAACGCUUCUCCGUGACCUGAUCGGAGAGCGCAUGCUCAGCGAGCAAGGCCAAAUCGGGGCUAUUCGGGAGUUGGCCAGCGCUUAUUUGAAGCGCUGGCCCGCGAUGAUGCCCGGGUCUACAGCACCCAUCGAGACUGUGCUUGUGGUCGUGCUGAGAGAAGUCUCUGGGCUUUUGCAGCAGUUGGGAAAUGCGCCUCCGCCCGUCCAGGAUGCAGUGGCCGAGCCUCUCGUGACUCUACUCGCGCACCCUAAUCACACAGUGCGAGUCAAUGCUGCUUGGGCUCUACGAUGCUUCUGUUAUUCCACGCCACUUCGCUUGCCGAAGACCGUUAUUGUCGUCAUGGAGCUUCUUCAGCGCGAUCUGUCUCAAUUGCUGACACCGACUGCGUCACCCGAAGUGCCUUUCCGCGCGUUGGGCCACGCUUAUGGACUGGCUGCACUUGUGUCAAUCAUCCCAUCUCGGCCGCUCUAUGUGUCAUACGAUAUAUCCGCCAAAGUGCUCGAUAUGGCGACCACGCUGUUGAAGCGGGCCGGAGAGCACGAUGUCCGGGUCGCUCAAACCGAGGUCGAAGUUGCCUGGACGGCGUUGGCUGCCCUCAUGUCCCUUGGGCCCAACUUUGUCCGGCCCCAUCUGCCCCAGUUGCUCGUUCUUUGGCGGAAUGCGCUGCCGAAACCAACGAGCAAAGACGCAAGCACGGCCGCCGGGCGCAGUCAUGCUGAAUGGGGUUUCCUUUUGCACGUUAGAGAAUGCGCGCUGGGCGCUAUUCUUUGUUUCUUGCGCCACAAUUCCGGCACACUGGUCACGCUGGAUGUCGCGCGCAGGAUUGCAUCAUUGCUCAGCAACGCGCUGCUUUUUGCCAACAACUUUGUCAGCCCUACGGUCCAGGAUGCGUUGGGACUCAAUGAUGCGGCACAGCAGACGCGAGUGGCGCUGGCCCGCAGGGUUUCCCGCUCUCGUCUCGCGAGGCUCUGUUGAGGAGGAGAGUCCAUCAGUGUUUCGGUGCGCUCGGAUUCAACGCGAUCACGGACUCGACGCAGACGACCCUGCUUCAAUCUUGCGUCACACUGUUUGCGAGUCCCGACUUGUAUCCUGGGUCGAUCAGCGCCAUGCAAGCUGCCAUCGCGUCGUCCUCUGGUACAUUCACCAACGUCUGGGCGAGUGGAGAUGGGUAUGCCCAUGGUGUUACGUUCAUUGAUAUUGGAGACGAUUUGGAUGAGGAUCUAGAAAGGGAAGGGAAGGACAGGGACCCACUGAAUCGUGACGCUAUUGAAGUAGCGAUCGACAGUAUGGUGUCGGAUGCAGAGUAUCAACUUCAAGAACCCCCGCCUGCCCUGACGUCUGUUGUCGACACCUCCAUCGAGCUCUUCGCACAGCUUCUUCCGCUGCAGGAUCUCUCCUCUAUCACGAAAACGUUGGCUCUCCUCCUUGACUCGCUCAAGUCUCCCAAGUUGGAGAAGAACGUGGCUCGGAAGGCGGCUGUGAAUGUGAACGUUGCAGUUUCGAUCGUACUGGCUCUGAGGCAGGCCAUGUUGAGUAACAGAAAGGCCAAGGAUACCUUUGGAAGCUCCCAGGUCACGAGCCUAUUGUCGACCUUUUUAAAGGAUGCACUGAUUGAUGGCGAUCCAGUGCUCAGAGCAGCGAGCAGCGAGUCCAUCGGCCGACUGGCUAAUCUGGGUGGCACCAACUUUUUGACUGCUGAGACCAAGUUGCUCGUUGAUCAGGUCGUCAACAACCGUGACCCAUCGGGGCGGGCUGGAUGCGCAUUGGCGUUUGGUGCCAUCUACAGCCACGUAGGCGGACUGGCCGCUGGCCCGUUGCUGAAAACGACGGUCAACGUGCUCAUGUCGUUGAGCAACGACCCCCAUCCCGUUGUGCAUUACUGGGCACUCACUGCGCUGGCUCGAGUGAUGCGCGCUGCGAGUCUGGCGUAUGCUCCAUUCGUGUCGAGCACCCUCGGGAUGUUGCUCAAGGUCAUGACGAUGGAAUCACAUGAGCGCGAAGGCGGUACCCAACACAAUGCGAAUCUCAGCGGAGACUGCCCCGCCUACCCUGUCGCAUGCCAGAUCACGGAUGCAAUCAUCAAUAUCCUAGGGCCCGACAUGCAAGACUCGGCCCGCACUCGAACGCUGAUCUUGAAUCUGGUGCACGAGUUCGCCCGCGAGAGCGAGGAGGGAAUCAGGGUUGAGGCUAUAAAAUGCAUGCAGCAUCUGCUCAUGUUUGCGCCCGAGUACGUCGAUAUCCCGGCCCUAGUGAACCAGUUCCGGGGCUAUCUCGGCUCGUCUAGGCGUCCGCUGAAGCUGGCGUCCAUCAACGCACUGUACCAGCUCGUUCAGAAAGACGCGUUGGCCAUGUCGAAGUUGGGUGGAGACCGGCUGGUCGAGGAUCUGUUCGGGAUGCUGGACGACGACUCGUCGGUGCAAGGCGUCCGCGAUGUGAUCACGAGUUGGCUCGGCCAGACUGUCAUACACAACCCGUCGGCCUGGAUCGACUUGUGCCAACGCAUCAUGUCACGGACCACCGCAUCCCAGCAGGCCUCAGAUGCCGCAGCUGGUCAAGGCCCACGUGACGAUGAAGGGGAGUCGCUCAACGUCGGAGGCUCUGCUGAUGGCAGCACUCGAAAAAUGACGACGUCGCGCUGGAGGACGCAGCUGUUUGCGCUGCAGUGUCUGCACAAGAUAUGCACGGUCGUCGCCACGAGCGGUCGCAGGGAGCAUGUCGAUGUGAAACACGCCCGCAAUCUUGGCAUUAAUUCUGCCUCCGGACUGCUCUUUUCUCGGGUGCCCGAUUUGAUUCGGAUGGCAUUUACAGCUUCCACCGCAUAUGUCACAGAGAUCAGGCUGGAAGGUCUGGUUGUGCUGCGGGAUGUCAUUGAGAUAUUCGCUGCUUCUCCAGACCCUGCGUAUGACGACGCGUUGUUGCUAGAACAGCAUCAGGCCCCCAUUACUGCCGCCCUGACACCCGCCUUCUCGUCUGAUUCGACACCAGAGAUUCUCGCGUCUGCUGUGCAUGCCUGUGCUGUGUUUGUGGGAUGUGGAGUCGUCAAGGAUGUGAGCAGGAUGGGUAGGAUUCUCAAGCUAUUGACCGCUGCCUUGGACCAAUCCAAAGACUCGGGAAUGCUUUCCCUCGGUGAUACGGGUGAGCUCAGCCCCAACGCAUCUGCUAUGCUCCGGAUCUCCACCCUUUCCGCCUGGGCACAACUCGAGACGGCAAGCAUCCAGCAGACGUAUCUUGUGGAUGUGAUCAAGCCCUACCGGGCUACGCUCGCCUCGCUUUGGCUUGCUGCUCUGCGCGACUAUGCCAGCAUCAGAAUCGAUUCCGAGUUCUUGCUCGAUACCUCGUCGGUGGCUUUGGACUCGUCGUACUCGAGCUUGGGGAAGGAGGUUCUGUUACCGUAUUACGCUAGCUCGUGGUCCGUGAUCUUGCAAGCCGUCGCCGCCGCGAUGCAAGCCAAGGACCCUAACAUACUGGCUUGCAUGGACGGUCUCGACGCGCCGCCACCCACCACCGGAAACGAACCCACAAUGUUGUUCUAUGUCAUCUUCGGGCUGGUCUACGAGUCUUUGGCCACGGCUUCCACCGAGUCAAGUCCCACAUCUAGUCUUAACCGACAGACGACGGUCAUUGCGGCCUUGCAGACGCUGAAGUCUCUCGUGCGGCCCGAGUAUGCCGGCAAGGCGAUAAUGGAGCCCCCGAUAUUCGACGAGUUCACCAGUCUGUGUUAUCGAAUGGCCAUGACGGAGAAUGCCGCUGUGCAGGUGCAUCUAGUGGAGGUGGUAUCCGUGCUGGCAUCUACCCAGGGGCUCGAUCAAGAUCCGCUUGGAAAUGGGUCACCGAGGGCUCACUGCUUGAGGAUAUGUGCGCAUAUACUACAGCAUGCGACCUCGAGUAAGCGGGGUGCGGUGAUCCAGGGUGAUUUUGCCGACCGAGUAAGGAUGAUCAUGACGGCCUUUUCCGCGUUCGUCACUGUUGGAGCGUCAAUCGAGAGCUUGCAGAGAGAGGAUGUACGAACUGCUACGGAUGAAACAUCCGAAGCAGACUUCGUUGGGCCUACGCUCCCGGCGCUCAAAUCACUGCUCGAUCUUCCACUUUCGAAAUCCAGAACAGCCGAAUCGAGUGAUCGAUACAGCCGACUCGUCCACGGCCUGCUCUCUGCGUGUCUGCUCAACGUCGACGAGAUGGGUGGCCGACAGGGUGUUCUUUCUCUUCGCAAAGUCAAGAACAACCUACUUGCAGCAGUGCUUGUACUGACGGUGGUGCCACCCGGCGCUGGAAAAAUCGGGGAGGCGGUGGUUGAGCACUGUUGCUUCUUGAUUUCGCAAAAGUUGCUGGAUGGAACUGAGAUCUCUCUGCCAGCAUCCCACUGCGCGCGGACUUUGAUCACAGCGGCGACCUCAGGCAACCUUCUGCUGCAAAAAUGCACGAAGUUGUUGAUUCCUGGGCUCAUCGAGUUCAUUGCGAAGAUCGCGCCAAUGGUGAUGGACGGGUCGGUGACCGAGACACAUGUAGCUGCGAUCGGAGAAGUCUGGAAGGCAUUCAGCGCUUAUUACGCCUCAGUGCCUGAGGAGCUCAAGCCUCGGCUGCUGGGAGUGCUGCUCCCGACGAUGACGCUUCUCCUUUCCUCGCCGCAGUCGCCUGUGGCGGCGUCUACAGUGAAAGAACUGCUCGGAUACGCUUCAGCGUCGCCCGCGGCGUUCAAGGAUGCUGCAGCCAAAUUGGAUCCAGCCGUCAGAGAUGUGCUCGAGAAUGCGAUCCGCAAGGCUGUUGUUGGGGGAACCGGCCUCGCUGGGUCAGGGAACGCCGCCGCCAAGGGAUCCGGGGCUAGUGGGAAACCUCAGAUUUCGUUGAGAUCAUUCUGAGGCAUGACACGAUCAGUCACGAUCAGUCACGAUCACGUGCCUGCAUGUAAUGACUUGAGUGCUAGUGUAUUUGCGAAUAACCAACUACUAUUCGAAGGGCAAAUGAUAGUCUCUGUGUGCUAGCUGUGUCUUCG